GUCCCUGGAGCGCAGCGCUGGAGAAGGCUCUGUUUCCGUGGGCUCCUCCCCUCAGCACGUGGUUUUGACCCUGCGAGCCUCCAUUGCAGUUCAUCCUGGAAAAGUGACUUUAGAAGGAGGAGGGAGAGGGAGUUAGCUUAAAUUGUGCCGACUAGGGUUCGCUCAGGUGGAUAUGUGGAUGAGGCCUGUGCUGUGCCUGGACCAGAGGGAGCAUCCUCCCUGAGUUGGGAAGAGUGUUGAUGGUGUGUGCAUCAGAGGGCUUUGCUAGUGAUGACAGGAACACUUGUCUCGGGCUCCUACACCUCAGAGAGCGAGCUUAUUUAGGUUAUUGCCUAAUGUUUUAGGUGGAAUUGGUGAAGUAGAGGUUGACCUGUCACACUUGAAAAAUUGUGUUUAAAAUCUCUGCAUCUACACUAAGGAGUGGGUGGUUUAAAGUUACUUAUUUCGACUGAAAUUGGGUUACAUCCCAAGUGUUGUUUAUCCCUUCCCUAAUUGGUUCUCAAACGUUGGUAGUGGUGCAUGACAAAGUUCUCACCUUCCAGGGUGGAUGACAGUCCUCACACAAGCAGUGAUACUGUUGGGAGUUUUUCCAUACCACUAGGUGUCUUCACUUUAUAGAUUGUCCUUUAUUCUGAGGUCAUUUCCUUACACAUUUUUGGGGAGUUGGUAUGCUUUUAUUUAUGGAUGAAAUCAUAGUUCUGAGAUUUGCUGCAGAAUUACUUGGGGAUGGGAGGUGACUCAGGUUGGGUCAGACAUAAUUACUGAGGCAGAGUAAGGGGGCUCAUGUGCUCACUGUGCUGUUCUGCGUUUGUGUGUUUGAAUGUUUUCACUACAAAUUGUUUUUAUGGACCUUAAUCUUAUGUAAUCAUAGUGAUGGUAAUGAAAGAGAAAUGAUCCAUCGGCGAUUACCAUAAUGAAAGAGAAAAUCCACACUUAGCAAAGCAAGAUUUUGGCAACUCCUGUUACUCACUCAGGUUUUUUUGUUGUUGUUGUUGAAGUUUUACUGGUUCAUUAAAUACAAAACUUUGGCAUUUAUUACCUCUUACUUUUUGUGAGAUUAGACUGGUGUUGACUGGCAGGUGUGGGGACGUUUUCAUUGUCUGGGCUUUUCUGGUAUCAGGGUUAAGAUGCAGUGUGGCGGUGUUGUUCAUAUUGUGUGCAUUGCAACAACUGGUGAUGAGGUAGCAUGAUCCUCCCGCCUCAUCCUGAGUGCACGUGUGGAUGCUCCUUGAGCUUUAAGGACAGCUAUUUCUGGGUAGAGGGUUGCUGAUGCCACGUGGCAUCCUGGGAAAGUAGCUAAAGAGAUGGCACAGGAAGAGAGUUGGCCUCCACUGAUGGUCAUCCUGUCCCUCCCACAGGCUGUGAGCCCGCUCUGUGACUUUGGUGAUUUAACAGGCCAGAGCCCAGGAGCACUUAUAUUCAGGAGCCCUGCAUAGUACCUGCCGAGCCAAACUCAGUCUCAUCCCGAACCUCCCUGCCACCCAAGAUCCUGGUUCCGUGCUGCAGGCCAGCAGGCCAGAGUCUGUACAUCCCAGGGCAGUCUGCAAGGCGUCUGUGUAUUUUUUGAUUCCACUGCAUUGCCUGCACCUGACCCAGCAGUGAUUGUUCAGUUGGUGAGAAGUCUUAGAUAAUUCUCAUUAGAAAAGGCUCUUUUAUUUUCUCAAAUCAGACAACUUCUAAUGCUUUUUUUUAAAAUAAGCUUUUUCUUUACAGAAACUUUUUUCCACCCCCACAUUAUUCUUACAGGCCUAAUUUUUUUUUAAAGAUGAGGUCUCACUAUGUUCCCCAGGCUGGACUGCACUGGCUGUUUGCAGGCAUAAUCGUAGCUCGCUGCAGCCUCCAACUCCUGGCCUCAAGUUGUCCUCCUACCUCAGCCUCCCAAGCAUCUGGGACUAUAGGACCAGACCACUGCACCUGACUUUUCUUUACAGAAUUUUUUAUAGAAAAAGAUACUUGUAUUCUUGUAUACAUGUAUGGAAUUAGAUGAUCCACAGUGAUCAAUUUGAAUGGCUUAAUAAAAGGUGCUGGAGGAGGUCCUUACUUUCACUAGAGCAGAAUUUUGGGGUACACGUGAUUUGCUGAUUCUUCCAGGGCAGGCUGGGUACUGAAUACCAGAGGAAGUCGUCAUUUUUCUGAUGUGCGUGAAGCAAUUUAAGGGGCAUAAUUUUGAAAUUGUGACUCAAAUAGUCUGUGCCGUGUUUGGGAAGGUUACUUGAGAGGUAGUGGGUAGGGAAGGAAAGUGGUGGAUACAAAGGUAGCAAUUGGAGAGGUGCAGGGGUCUCUUGGUUACAGUUUCUAUGCCACUGCCCCAAGAGUAUGGAUCCUCUGUUAGGGACUGUAGUAUGUAGCAAGCUCUAAAGCACUUCCCAAGACCUUUUUUUUUUGUUGCUAUUUUACAAUAGAAAAGGAGGUUCGAGAAGUCUCGGUAAUUGUCCCUGGGUUUCAUAGCUAAGGGUGAUAGAACCUCCCGGGGUGACACAUUCCGAAGCCUGUGAUCUACCCACUUGCCUGCUUUGGUUUUCUUCCUCUCUGUUGUGAUGCACCAUGCCCAUAGUGGAUAAAUUGAAGGAGGCCCUCAGACCCGGCCGCAAGGACUCGGCUGAUGAUGAACUGGGGAAGCUUCUGGCCUCCUCCGCCAAGAAGGUCCUUUUACAGAAGAUCGAAUUCCAGCCUGCCAGCAAGAGCUUCUCCUACCAGCUGGAGUCUUUAAAGAGCAAAUAUGUGUUGCUCAACCCCAAAACAGAGGGAGCCAGUCGCCACAAGAGUGGAGAUGACCCGCCCGCCAGGAGACAGGGCAGUGAGCACACAUAUGAAAGCUGUGGUGAUGGAGUCCCAGCCCCACAGAAAGUGCUCUUCCCUACGGACCGACUGUCUCUGAGGUGGGAGCGGGUCUUCCGCGUGGGUGCGGGACUCCACAACCUUGGUAACACCUGCUUUCUCAAUGCCACCAUCCAGUGCUUGACCUACACGCCGCCUCUGGCCAACUACCUGCUCUCCAAGGAGCAUGCCCGCAGCUGCCACCAGGGAAGCUUCUGCAUGCUGUGUGUCAUGCAGAACCACAUUGUCCAGGCCUUCGCCAAUAGCGGCAAUGCCAUCAAGCCUGUCUCCUUCAUCCGAGACCUGAAAAAGAUCGCCAGGCACUUCCGCUUUGGGAACCAGGAGGACGCGCAUGAGUUCCUGCGGUACACCAUCGACGCCAUGCAGAAGGCCUGCCUGAACGGCUGUGCCAAGUUGGACCGUCAAACACAGGCUACUACGUUGGUCCAUCAGAUUUUUGGAGGGUAUCUCAGAUCACGUGUGAAGUGCUCCAUGUGCAAGAGCGUCUCAGACACCUAUGACCCCUACUUGGACAUUGCGCUGGAGAUCCGGCAAGCUGCGAAUAUUGUGCGUGCUCUAGAACUCUUCGUGAAAGCAGAUGUCCUGAGUGGAGAGAAUGCCUACAUGUGUGCUAAAUGCAAGAAGAAGGUUCCAGCCAGCAAGCGCUUCACCAUCCAUAGAACAUCCAAUGUUUUAACUCUCUCUCUCAAGCGCUUUGCCAACUUUAGCGGGGGGAAGAUCACCAAGGAUGUCGGCUAUCCAGAAUUCCUCAACAUGCGUCCAUAUAUGUCCCAGAAUAACGGUGAUCCUGUCAUGUAUGGACUCUAUGCUGUCCUGGUACACUCGGGCUACAGCUGCCAUGCCGGGCACUAUUACUGCUAUGUGAAGGCAAGCAACGGACAGUGGUACCAGAUGAACGAUUCCUUGGUGCAUUCCAGCAACGUCAAGGUGGUUCUGAACCAGCAGGCCUACGUGCUGUUCUAUCUGCGAAUUCCAGGCUCUAAGAAAAGUCCCGAGGGCCCCAUCUCCAAGACAGGCUCCUCCUCCCUUCCCAGCCGCCCGAGUGUGUCUCCAGAUCACUCCAAGAAGAACCUUGGCAAUGGGCUUGUUUGCUCCCCGCUGACUGGAAAGCGACAAGACUCCGGGACGAUGAAGAAGCUGCACACCACUGACGAGAUUGGGGUGCCUGUUUCCAGGAGUGGCCCCAUGGUGGGCCUGAAGUCCCAGAACGGCUAUGUUCUUCCAAAGCUGUCCUCAGGGUCCCCUUCCCCUAAACUCUCCCAGACACCCACACACAUGCCGACCCUCCUAGAUGACCCUGGGAAGAAGGUGAAGAAGCCAGCUCCUCCACAGCCCUCUUCCCCGUCCCCCAGAACUGCUCAGGGGCCACCUGCUACCAGCAACUCGAGUAGCAGCAGAUCUGGGAUCCAAAGUCAGGGCUCCUGGGACAGCAGGGAUGGUGUCCUCUCUACCUCACCUAAGCUCCGGGCUGCAGCCACUGCCAACGGGCAUGGGUUGAAGGGGAACGACGAGAGCGCUGGCCUCGAGAGGAGGGGCUCCAGCAGCUCCAGCCCAGAGCACUCUGUCAGCAGUGACUCCUCCAAGGUCCCGCAGGCCUCCAGGAGUGGAGCUGCCCGUCUCUGCGAUUCUCAGGAAAGAAAUUGUUGCACUGCUGGUCACUCCAAAAUGCCGCCCAAUGGAGUGGACCCGAAGACGGUAAAACUGAAGUCUCCUGUCCUGAGCAGUGCUGCUGCCGAGCCACCGAGCACCAUGUCUCCUCCGCCAGCCAAAAAACUGGCCCUUUCUGCCAAGAAGGCCAGCACCCUGUGGAGGGCGACCGGCAAUGACCUCCGUCCGCCUCCCCCCUCACCGUCCUCCGACCUCACCCACCCCAUGAAAACCUCUCACCCUGUCGUCGCCUCCGCUUGGCCUGUCGGUAGAGCCAGGGCUGUGUCACCUGCUCCCCAAUCAUCCAGCUGCCUGCAGCCCCCCUUUAGCCCCCACCCCACAUUGCUGUCCAGUACCCCCAAACCCCCAGGGACGUCAGAACCACGGAGCGGCUCCUCCAUCUCGACGGCCCUGCCUCAGGUCAAUGGGGACCUCGUGUCCCUUCCACACCAGCUGCCAGAGGCCAGCGAGCCCCCCUGGAGCCCCUCUGAGAAGAGGAAAAAGACCCUUGUGGGAGAGUUCCAGAGGCCGGGCUCAGAGACGUGCCUCUCACAGCAUAUCAAGGAGGCCACUGCAUCUUCCCACCGGAAGAGGAAGAGGAAGAAGAGGAAGCACCCAGAGGACACAGCUGCCACCACCCUGCAGGAGGGGCAGACACACAGACAGUCUGGGAGCCCCACGCACAGGAGGGAGGGCCAGGCACAGCUGCCCGCUGUCAGAUGGCAGGAAGAUGGCACACGGCCACAGGUGGACCACCAGCAGGUGGCAUGUGUUCCCGACAGCCACCACCCAAGCAGCAGGAAGCGGAGGAGGAAGGGAGCAGAGGGUCUUGGUGAAGAAGGCGGCCUGCACCAGGACCCACCUUGGCACAGCAGCUGCUCUCGCAUGGGUGACGGUGACCCAGAGGCCAUGGAAGAGUCUCCAAGGAAAAAGAAAAAGAAAAAAAGAAAGCAGGAGCCACAGCAGGCAGUAGAAGAGGACAGACAUUGCGAAGACCCGAGGAGUGCCAAGUCCCAAGACGUUGCUGUCCCUGAGUCCAGCAGCCAUGCGCCGUCUGUGAAUGGCUGGUGUCCUGGGGACCACAUGGGGCUGGACCCAGCCCCUCCUGUGUCUUGGAAUGGAGAGCAAGAGUCUGAUGUGGUACAGGAACUGCUCAAAUACUCAUCGGAUAAAGCUUACGGGAGAAAAGUUCUGACCUGGGAUGGCAAGGUGUCGGCGGUUAGCCAGGAUGCUAUUGAAGAGAGCAGACUGGCCCGGACCCAUACCGUGAUUGACAACUGGGACGAAGAGUUUGACAGAGGGAAGGAAAAGAAAAUUAAAAAAUAUAAGAGAGAGAAGAGGAGAAACUUCAAUGCCUUCCAGAAACUUCAGACUCGACGGAACUUUUGGUCCGUGACUCACCCAGCAAAGGCUGCCAGUCUCAGCUACCGCCGCUGACAGCACCGCUGUGGAAGAGCCUCCUGGAGACAAGGCGUCCCUUCCUGGAACCUGUCCAUGUGGACCUGAGGGAGCCUUCUGUGUGGGCUCUGCUGCCAUGGUAGGAGCUCUCCCAGUAUCAGUGUCCACAGACGACCCGAUGUAGAGCCUUUGAGGCUUCUCUAGAUUGGGACCUCUGGUGACAUUUCCAACCAGUCCUGCAAGAGAAGCUCCAGUGUGUGGGGGGAGCAGAGGUGGCCGUACGCCUGCUAGACAUCUGCGUCGGGCUGCGUGAUCUCAUGUUCAUGGACGGUGUCUGUGCUGACAGAGGCUCCUGUCCCUAGUUGGGGCUAUCGAGAGAGUGGGGGAUGAUGGCCACUCGUCUCCCAGGUGGCCUCCCGGUGCGUGGCUGGUUGCUCUUGGUGAGCCGUUCCUUGCUCCUUGGGGCUGGCGAUACCGUUGUGUCUGAGCCUGCCCUCCCUGCUUCCUUGGUGGGGCCCCUUUGUCUUUUGGCCUUACCUGUCCUUAGAAAGGAAGAGCCCUGAGGCCAACCCCAGCCAGCCACCUCUCCCUUUUAUGGAACUCAAGAGGGUGACGCUGCUGUGCAGCCCUUCCUUGUGAGUAACUCUUGACUGUCCUGCAGAGCAGAGGCUGUCUGGGGUCCGGGGAGCCCUUGAUAUUACCUGCAAAUACAUCUGCUUUCAAGGCCACUGUCGAUUCUGAGACGGCUGUGCUGUGGCUUCCUUCGCAGAUGCAAUAACCCACAGGUCUUCACUGAGGUGGGGGCCUUGGGGGAGAAUUCUCCAUUUAUUUUACUACUUAAUACAAAACAUUUAUUUUUGACCAGGCCCGUGGCUUCCAUUAGCAAUAUAUUUCCUUUCCCAGAUAUGCAAAUAGUGGCUUUGUUUGCCCAAUUUUGUGAGUGCUUUGGAAUUUAAAUGAUUGUAUAACUCAAGAAGAUUACUUUUCUAUCUUGCUCAAGCUGUGCCUGCCAACUUGUAAUUAAAUAAAUAUGGGAAAUCCUCAGAGAAGGGGAUGUUUUCAAGAAAAAGAUGCCCUCAUAGGAGUGGGAAGCGUGAAGGUGACAAUGAACACCCUUCCUUGCCGGGUCUCUCCCUGGCGUUUUCCCCCGGCGUCAUCGCAGCUGGAGAUGGACUUGGCGUUGGACUCAGAGCUGCUUCGGUGUGGCUCUGCGGGGCCGGAGGCGUCCUGCCGUCUGGGGGGCUGCCUCGCUGUCUGCAUCCCCUCUUCCUGGGGCAGGUUUGCUUCCUGCCUCCGUGCUUGAGACCUGGGUGGUUACUGGUUGUAGAAAGAAUUGCCUUUUUAAUAAGGGAAGAUACAUUUAUUUUUUCCAUGUGGGUGGGUGGCUCUUUUUGGAUUUUCUUCCGCUUUUUACAUUUCUGUUUUUAGAAAGGUGGGAGAGAAUCAUGCUCCUGUGUGGCUGCCUCUGUCCCAGCAGCAGCGAGUGGAGGCUUGCCCUGACCGGGUCAGGGUGUCCUCUGCGCUCUCCUGUGGACCAGUCUCUGAAUGUUCAAAGAUGAGGGCCUGGCUUCCACGCUCUGGCUUUUGUAACUUACCUGGGAGGGAAAGCACGUGCCUUCGUGGGCAGGGUGUGUUCCUCUUCCUCUCAGGUGUUGACUUGCAUUCCAAUGUGAACUGUUUCCUCUGCCAUGUGUUCUGUGUGAUGUUCUGUAGUUGAAAAUUAGUUGUCUGCUAGCACAGAAUCUAUCUCCUGCCUUUCUCUCCCUUCUCUCCUCCAAAUCAGUCUCUUCCCUUCUCCACUAGAAACUGUAAAACCAUUUCCUGAGGAACAUACGUUGGUUAACUCUUGGGCAGUGGUGAGCACGAGAUGACUUCUGCAGCCUUUAUCACUGUUGGAUGCAGUCCCGUCCCUUCCCUCCACAGGAGCCAUCAGCCAGAUGGGGGGGAAAGAUGAGGCCCAGUAAACGAGCUCAGCUUCUAGGUGAUGUGCACGUAUGGAGGUAGAUGUCAGUAAGUCACGCCUUUGUCGUAGCAGUCAACUUGAUUGACUUAGGAUCUGGGUCUAUUGAGUUUCGUGCUUGGAAAUGGAGCCGGAGGGAGUGGGGCCUGUGCACAGCGCUGCCUCUCCCGGGUCCUUUCUCUCACCUGCCCCGCAUCCUGGUUGCAUGGCUGCACCUGUCUGUGUGCUGCACCUCCUCUCCAGGGGCCUGGGGAGUCCCACAUGUUGCCAAGAUCUUGGUGCAAUAAAAUCCUGUGUUUUUGUGA